AUGGCUUGGUCCUUCAGCGUCCGCUUCCUCCCGGUAACCGCGGUCAACCUCCUGCUCCCACGGCCACCACAACAUUCUCCGCGGAAGUGGCGGCGGGAGGGAGGACCAGUGGCUACGGUGACUGGUUGUGGUGCACGGCGGAGAGGGCUUGGGGGUGGCGGGGCCCUCUUCGAGCUUGCGUGGCGGCAGUGUGAGGGCAGCAGCGACCGCCCGCCGGCCAGAGCACGACCACCAAAGAUCGGCUAUAGGGAAGAGAACAGAAAGAGGAAGAUAAAAGGCUCUUUAGAAAUCCCCCAAAUCCUCGUUUCGAUUCGAAUUCGAUCUUCAGCCUCGGCAUCGCCCUGCGCCGGCGCCGUCGACCACGGCGAUCUCCUGGUCUGGCGCGACCUCAUCGCCGACCCUGACAACCGUAAGAAGCUGCCCCCAAGCCAAGGACUGUUCGUCGAGACGUCCGAGGUCUCCGAGGUUGACGAUGAUGAAUCGGAUGUAUUGGAGCGUAUCAGUUUUAGUUUCAUAGACCUGACGGAAAUGACUGGGAUCAAGACCUUCAUCUUGGAUUCCUGCAACGGGCUUAUCCUUUUCGGGCAUCGUCAGGAGCCAUCUGAUCCCCUUUACUAUACCGUGUGCAACCCAACCACAAAGGUGUGCAACCCAACCACAAAGCAAUGGUCAGUCGUCUACACCUAUUUGGCUUUCGCUCCGGCCUUGUCCUCUCACUUUCACUUGGUCCAAUUCCAGAUGCCCGAUCUGUACGAGGAGAUAGUGGCGUUGCAUGUUUACUCAUCUGAAACUGGGACCUGGAGUCAAAACCAAAUUGAUGAACAAAAAGAGCAAGGGCAGUUGGAAGGCUGGCAUCAUCAGUUUACACUAGACAGGGAGACUCUCAACCAUCUUUGUGCCUUUGUUAAUGGCUUCCUACAUGUGAUUGUUAGUCACUCAGAUCUACAGCACAUACUUGUUGUAGAUGUACAAGGGAAGGCAAGAAGGAUGAUCCCUGUGCCGGGUAUGGCUGAUGGGAGGCCCGGGCACGCCUUUGUUUGUUAUUUAGGUCAGUCCAAAGGGCACCUACAUUGUGUGACUAAAAAGAAUGAAAAACUAUCCACCGGGGUUCUUCAGGAUUAUGAUACACAUGAAUGGGUGUUGAAGAACACUGUGAACUCUUUGGAUGUCUUUGGAGAAACAGGACGCUUCUUAGAGUUUCAAGUGGUUGACAUUCAUCAAGACUGUAAUGUGGUUUUCUUUCUUCAUGACUACUGUAAGCUGACAGCAUACGACAUGGACCACCUACGAAUCUUUAAAUGCUUCUUCGAGAGGCAGCCAGUGGUUGACAUCGUUGCUCCUAGUCUGCAAACGAUCGAUUGGGCUGAUGGAUAUGAUCCAAGCUCGGUCCAGCUUGGUGAGCUGGCACAGCUACGGAUACUGUCAACCUUAUGCUUUGCAGAUGCAUUGCCUGAGUGUCAGUACAAAUGGGGCAUUGUGAUGUUAUUGCGGCGCUUUUGGAAGAUCCCUGCUCUUUUCAUUACGAUCAUCUAUCCAAAUCCGCAAGACUGGAAAACUGAAGAGCUCUGCUUGAAUUCUCUCCAGGAGUUGCAUAUUUGUGGAUUGAGCGGUGCAGAUCAUGAUCUUGCAUUUGUGAAACAACUAUUGGGAUGGACACCAGUGCUCAAAACAGUUACUAUAAAUUUUGAUCCUUCGGUCACUGAUGAGGAGCUUUGA